GCUGAACACAGAUCGGGUAGCAGAAAGCAGGAUGUCCUCCAAACAUCAAUCCACAGGCCCCAGAGCCAAGGACCACCAGCCCUCAGCCCGCGAGAGUUCGCCACCCCUAGAGGCCAAUGCCGAAGCCAUCCACUUCCUCAACAACCUCCGAGGAGCUGCAGAUGCUGCUGUUCUCCGAGACCCUGGCCAUGGUCUCAGACACGGGGGAGCCUGAGGGAGAGCUGACCAUCGAAGUGCAGAGAGGGAAAUACAAAGACGAAUUUGGCGUUAUGUCGCACUGCCUCCUCGUGCACGCCUUUAGCCAGGGCUUCGUGGACAAAAUGCUCUGCGGAAUCUCCCUCCUGGGCUAUCUUUCGUGGGACCUGCAUAUCAUGGAACAACAUACCCAGGAGUUUAUCAAGUUGCACAUCCUCCCCAUGGAGAGGAAGAUGAGUCUGGUGAGGCAGGAUGACCAGCUGGUCAUGACCAGAAGUGUCAAGGAGGGUGAGGAAGUGAAGACCGAAGUGACUUUUUUCCCCUGGAGCUCAACUGUGGGCUUCGUCUCCGAGGCUGCCAACCUGCUGUUGCUGAGGGUGAUGGCUUGGCGUCAGCUGGUGCCCAGCAACGCCCGUUUCCUGGCCUUGGACACAGAGGGCAAACUCUGCUAUUCCACUUAUCAAGCCCUGGGCAUCCAGACGAUCCAGGUGGGCCACCAGGAGGUGGAUGUGUUCAUCGUGGAGCAGACUGUCCACUCGGAUGAAGGCAUCCCUGGUUCCUGCCAGUUCUACCUGCUCUCUGAUGGGCACCUGGCCAAGAGGAUCCAGGUGGGUUCCCCCGGGUGCUGCAUGAUCACCAAGAUGCCUAUUUUGAGGGACAAGGAUGAGAUCGAGCCUGCCCCGGUGUUUGAGAAGAAGCCCCUGGUGUGGGAGGAGGAUAUGGAGCUCUACUCGAGAUUCCUGGGCCGGAAGGAGGAGCUGCGUGUCAGCCACAACAGCUACCUGCGGCAGCACCCCGAGGCCCAGGCGCUCAUCUCGGACUUCCUGCUCUUCCUGCUUCUGCGCCGGCCGGCCGACGUGGUCACCUUCGCCGCCGAGUACUUCGGGCCGUUCGCGAAGCACAACCCGCCGACCCCCGCCUUGCGCUCCUCCAGCCGGCCCAGCCCCUUCCGCUCGCUGGACCCGGAGCGCCCCACCGACUAGGGCUGGCCCGGCGCCGCGUGCGGGGAUGCGCAGGGAGCGGGGCAUCCCUGUC